CACUUUCUUCUUUUUUCGGUUUUGGAUUUCUCUCUCUUCCUCUCUCUCUCACCUAUACACACACAAUACACACAUCGAAAUUCUCGCUUGCCUCCGCCGUUUCCUCGCCGGAAAACGCCUUGUUUUGCCGGCGAAAAAUCUCCGGCGAUUCCGUUUACAGCUUCGCGCACUCGUAGUGUUGUUCCGAUAAAGUUCGUUGAUUUUCCGGCGCGGUCGUCGUGACUCGGUUGCGAACGUGGCGAAUAGCGGAGCUGCUUGGAAUGAUAUGGUUGAAGGAAGGGCGUGCUUCUCAAGGGAGGCUAAUUUGGAAUUUCUCAAGACGAAGAGGCUUCAGCAAAGUAAAUUAGAAACUUCAGACAGUUCACUACAUGUCAGAAAUAUGAUGACUAGAAGUGGGGGAGAUGCUUUAAGAGCCUCUUCAUCAUGUCGUACUGGUUUACAAAAUGGAGUUGCCCGAUUAGGAGAUGCUUCAAAUGGGCGUGACAUUUUCUCAAAGCAAAACUUUGCUAAGUUCGACACAACUAAUCUUGAGUGGGUUGAUAAAAUUGAAGAAUGUCCUGUUUACCAUCCAAGUAAAGAGGAAUUUGAGGAUCCACUGGUUUAUCUGCAGAAGAUAGCGCCAGAAGCUUCUAAAUAUGGUAUCUGCAAGAUCGUUUCCCCGCUAAUUGCAUCUGUUCCUGCUGGGAUAGUGUUGAUGAAAGAGAAUACAGGUUUUAAGUUUACCACCAGAGUGCAGCCUCUGCGUCUUGCCGAGUGGGAUACAGAUGACAGGGUUACCUUCUUCAUGAGCGGCAGGAAUUAUACUUUCCGUGAUUAUGAGAAGAUGGCGAACAAGGUUUUUUCUCGCCGAUAUUGUAGUGCUGGAUGUCUUCCUCCGUCUUAUAUGGAAAGAGAAUUUUGGAGGGAAAUAGCGUGUGGAAAGACCGAAAGUGUUGAGUAUGCAUGUGAUGUUGAUGGCAGUGCAUUUUCAUCAUCUCCAAGCGAUCAACUUGGUAGAAGCAAUUCGAACUUAAAGAAACUGUCUCGGUUGCCCAAGUCUACUCUACGCCUGCUUGAGACAAUAAUUCCGGGAGUUACUGAGCCAAUGCUCUAUAUUGGGAUGCUAUUUAGUAUGUUUGCCUGGCAUGUGGAAGAUCAUUAUUUGUACAGCAUGAAUUAUCAUCACUGUGGGGCAGCAAAAACUUGGUAUGGCAUUCCUGGUCAUGCAGCUUUGGAUUUCGAAAGAGUGGUACGAAAACAUGUCUAUGCCCAUGACAUUCUAUCAGCGGACGGGGAGGAUGGAGCUUUUGACGUACUUCUGGGAAAGACAACUAUGUUUCCUCCAAAUAUUUUAUUUGAACAUGAUGUACCUGUUUACAGAGCUGUGCAGAAGCCGGGGGAAUUCAUUAUCACUUUUCCAAGAGCAUAUCAUGCAGGGUUUAGUCAUGGCUUUAAUUGCGGAGAGGCAGUGAACUUUGCAACUGGUGAUUGGUUCUCUUUGGGGUCAAUUGCUAGUCGUCGGUACGCAGUUCUCAAUAGGAUGCCUCUUAUUCCCCAUGAGGAGCUGCUCUGCAAAGAAGCAAUGAUUCUGUUCAAGAGUUUGGAAAUUGAAGACCCAGAUUAUUCUUCUACAGACUCAGUAUCUCAUCUUAGCAUCAAGGCUUCUUUUGUAACUUUGAUGCGAUUCCAGCAUCGUGCUCGUUGGUGCUUAAUGGAAUCAAGAGCAUGCAUUGAUGUUUCUCCUAAUCCCUAUGGAACUAUUCUCUGCAGUAUCUGCAAACGCGACUGCUAUCUAGCAUAUCUUAGCUGCGACUGUGAAGAUCCACAUUCUAUUUGCCUUCGCCACAAUGUCAAGUCGCUUGACUUACCUUGUAGUGGCAAUCACAUUCUCUUUGUAAGGGAGGAUAUCUCAGAUAUGGAAGCUGCAGCGAAACAGUUUGAGCAAGAAGAGAUUGUAAUUUAUGAAAUUACACGUCACUUAGGGAAAGGCGAUGAUAUGUAUCAGCUCUUUAAGAUGUUUCCAAGUGCAGAAGAUAAUGGAUACACACCCUAUUGCAAGAUAAAAUUUGAUCUGCGUGAGGAAUAUGCUGAAGCUAAUGAUCAAACAGAAGAUCUGGAUUGUGUUUCUUCCCCACUUUCUACAUCGUGCAAAGCCAUAGAAGAUCAUAGGAAACAAGUAUUGAAUGUCUCAGUUUCUCGGGCUUCAUCUGCUGCAUCAACUCCUUUUUCUUUAAUGGAUCCCAGUGAGAACUUCUCUGCAGAGCAAUAUGGGAAUGUCAAAUUUAGCUCCUCAGCAUCAUUUGAUGAAGUACCUCACAUUCAUGAACCUUCAGUCUCCUCACUGUCCAAUAGUGUUUCCAAGGUAAAACCAACUGAUGAUGAAUCUGACUCGGAGAUAUUCAGGGUCAAAAGGAGAUCUUCUGCAAAGAUGUAUAAUAUCAACUUAAAUGAAUCUCCCUCGCCGCUUUUUGAACGUCAGGGGCUUAAGCGACUAAAGAAGCAUCAACCUAGUGGAGAAUGUGGUCAGGCUCUUUUAUUAGGCUGUACUACGGCAGAAAAUUUUGGCCAGGAUUCCAGGUUUAGUGCAACCCAUACAAAAGAAGCCUAUGAUAGUACCUCUCGGGAUAGGUAUCCUAAAGGAGUUCCGGUUCCCAUUUCUGUUAAAUCCAAGAAAAUGGCACAUGAAGAAGCCAUAAAUAGCCACAUUGGAACCCAGAAAGAUGAUAGAUUUCGUUCAGAAAUUGUGAAGCCUGCAAGGGAACCGCCUUCAGUGGAGAUGGUGCCUAAACGGCGACUUAAGAUCAGAGGUCCCACCUUUUGGGGGUUAGAGAGCAGGUUGCGUUAAAAUAGUACAGUAAUGAUUACUGAUCUGGUUGACAUCUGACGAAAAUCUUCGUAGCCUUACUUUGCUAACUUCAGUUUCUUUAAUGGGGGGUUUAACUACAGAAGAUAAUUACAUAGUUCAGUUCUGGGAGCAGCGGCAAAGAUUAACCAGAUUUAGAUGAAAGAAACUAUAAUUUCCGCAAGGUCUCCAAUUCGAGGCAUAUUGCACUUGUGGUGGUUAUUAGGGUUCUCGGUGCCUGGGUGUUUUCAUUUAUGGUAUGAGGAUCUCUCUUCUUCCACAAGUAGAUGAAAAUAUAUAGUGAUUUAGGGACUUCUUUUUUAUGUACAUUUGUUUCUUUUACCUUUUUUUCUUUAACAGAUAUCAACUUUGAUAGGUAGAUGGGCUAUUCCCAUUUAGCCUCCAUAGAUAAUUUUAAAUUUCUGCUGCUUCCUUGUUAAUGGUUCUAAAUUCUUUUUUAGCAAUGGCUUUUUGCUGUUGCCUACUACAAUAAAAAUUUCAGAAAAAGUUUAAUUUAGGUUUUAGCAAUA